AUGAAGGUGUGUUGUGUUUUGAUUUGGGGAAUACUUUGCGGAAGUGUGACUGGUUUAUCCGGAUAUGGAAGCAACGAAGGGACGAACACAUGCGAGCCGAUAACCAUCACUUUGUGCCAGAACCUGAAGUACAAUGUUACUCGCAUGCCGGGUUUCCUGGGGCAUAAAAGUCAGGACGAAGCCGACGAAGAGAUCAUGAGUUACAAACCAUUAGUGGACACCGGUUGUAAUGAAAACGUGCGGUUCUUCCUCUGUUCCUUGUUUGCUCCGAUGUGUUCCCCGGAUGUGAGUGUAACCAUCCCAUCAUGCAAGUCAAUCUGUUUGAAGUUUUCAUUUGUCGACGGUUUUGGCGUGGACAAAAUGGAAGAUUCGGGGGCGAGGAAAAUUCUGGAAUGGGCCGAGGAUUACAUCAACACCCAGACAGAUGUCAGUCAACCAGUGAAAAUCGUCGAUGUUGCCAGUUUUGACAGGGAGAUUGAUGUAGGUGUUAAUUAUGAUUUGCGGCUUCGCCUGGGCUUUCUUCUGUGUCCGAAGUUUGUCUUGAGGGGCUCGGCAUCGUGUAAACUGGACGAGAAAUUGCCUGAAACUCUUUGCGACGUCGGGAUCCUGGAGGACUCCGUUUCCAAAGAAAAAGAAAUGACGCGUCUGCUGUGCACCAACUCCUCACGUCCUUCCAAAACCUACCUCUCCGCCGACGCGUCUCAAGUGGCGUCCUCACUCCCGACACCGCCGUCCCCGUCGUCUUCCGUAACUGCCUCUGAGGCGUCCAGCGUCUGCGACGAAUUCGACUCCGUUGACAUUGAUGAAGUUCUUCCGAGUGGCUGGACCCGGUUGCACAAAGCG